CAAAAAUGGCGGCGCCCAGGGUGGCAGCGUGAAAGUUGGUGGUGGUGGUAGUCGCUGGCCGUUCUCGUGCCGGAAUCAAAACAGUGGGACCGUGCGCCAUGUCGCGACUGAUCGUGAAGAACCUCCCAAAUGGGAUGAAGGAGGAGCGUUUCCGGCAGCUGUUCACUGCCUUCGGCACGCUGACGGACUGCAGCCUCAAGUUCACCAAAGAUGGCAAAUUCCGCAAGUUUGGCUUCAUCGGCUUCAAAUCUGAGGAAGAGGCCCAAAUGGCGCUGAACCAUUUCAACAAGAGUUUUAUUGACACGUCCCGGAUCACGGUGGAGUUCUGCAAGUCAUUUGGAGACCCAGCAAAGCCCCGAGCCUGGAGCAAGCAUGCCCAGAAACCAAGCCAGUCCAAGCCACUUCCAAAAGACAGAGACUCUGUCUCCCCGGAAACUAAGAAAGACGACAAGAAGAAAAAGGUAGCAGGUGACCUGGAGGAGCUGAAGGAAGACAACGAGUUCCAGGAGUUCCUGUCGGUUCACCAGAAGCGGACGCACACGGCCACCUGGGCGAACGAUGCCCUGGACACUGAGACCUCCAAAGGGAAGAGCAAGUCGGCUGACGACUACCUGAACUUCGACUCCGACUCAGGGCAGGAGAGUGAGGAGGAGGGAGCCGGGGAGGACCCGGAAGACCCGUCGCUGACCCCCAGCCUCCCCAUUUCUUCAGAGGAGGACGACGACCUUGAACCCAAGGCAGCCGUGUGGAAGGAGCUGUCGGACAUGGAUUACCUGAAAUCCAAGGUGGUGGAGAGCGCGUCGCCCUCCUCGGAGGAGAGUGAAGAUGAAGCCGUGAACUGCGAGGAGGGGAGCGAGGCCGAGGAAGAGGGGUCCUGCGCCGCCCCCGCCCAGCAGGACGGGGAGGCGGCCCGAGCCGAGACCGAGAAACCAGCCAGCCAGAAGGAACCCACCACGCCCCACACCGUGAAGCUGCGGGGAGCCCCAUUCAACGUCACAGAGAAAAACGUCAUGGAAUUCCUGGCACCCCUGAAACCGGUGGCCAUUCGAAUAGUGAGAAAUGCCCAUGGAAACAAAACAGGGUACGUCUUUGUGGAUUUCAGCAGUGAAGAGGACGUGAGGAAAGCUCUGAAAUGCAACAGAGAGUACAUGGGCGGACGCUACAUCGAGGUGUUCAGGGAGAAGAACGUCCCCGCGGCCAAGGCGCCCACCAAGAAUAGCGCCAAACCCUGGCAAGGCCGGACACUGGGGGAGCAUGAAGAGGAAGAGGACCUGGCCGACUCCGGGAGGCUCUUUGUGCGAAACCUGCCCUACACCAGCUCCGAGGAGGACCUGGAGAAGCUCUUCUCCAAAUACGGUCCCCUGUCGGAGCUGCAUUACCCCAUCGACAGCCUGACCAAGAAGCCCAAGGGCUUUGCCUUCGUCACCUUCAUGUUCCCGGAGCACGCUGUGAAGGCCUACGCAGAGGUGGACGGGCAGGUGUUCCAGGGCAGGAUGCUCCACGUGUUACCAUCCACGAUCAAGAAGGAGGCCAGCGAGGACGCCGAGGCCCUGGGAUCAUCAUCGUACAAGAAGAAGAAAGAGUCCAAAGACAAAGCCAACAGCUCCAGCUCCCACAACUGGAACGCACUAUUCAUGGGCCCGAACGCCGUGGCCGACGCCAUCGCCCAGAAGUACAGCGCCACCAAGAGUCAAGUGUUCGACCACGAGACCAAGGGCAGCGUGGCCGUGCGGGUGGCCCUGGGGGAGACCCAGCUCGUCCAAGAAGUGCGGCGCUUCCUCCUCAACAAUGGGGUCAGUCUGGACUCCUUCAGCCAGGCUGCCGCCGAGCGAAGCAAGACCGUGAUCCUGGUGAAGAACCUCCCGGCCGGCACCCUGGCGGCCGAGCUGCAGGAGACCUUCGGCCGCUUCGGCAGCCUGGGCCGCGUGCUGCUGCCGGAGGGUGGCGUCACGGCCAUCGUGGAGUUCCUGGAGCCGCUGGAGGCCCGCAAGGCCUUCCGGCACCUGGCCUACUCCAAGUUCCACCACGUCCCCCUGUAUCUGGAGUGGGCUCCAAUGGGCGUGUUUUCCAGCCCAGCCCCACAGAAGAAAGAACCCCAAAAUGCACCAGCAGAGCCAGCCGGAAAGGACCAGACAGAGCCAGAAACAGAUGGUGAGACCCCAGAAGGUGAAAAGCCACCAGAGGGAGCAGUACAUGACGCUUCAGCGAAGAUGGAAGAGGAGGAGGAAGAAGAGGAAGAGGAGGAGGAGAGCCUUCCUGGGUGCACUCUGUUUAUCAAAAAUCUCAACUUCAACACAACUGAGGAGACGCUGAAAGAAGUGUUUUCCAAAGUGGGCGUGGUGAAGAGCUGCUCCAUCUCCAAGAAGAAGAACAAAGCAGGAGCGCUGCUCUCCAUGGGGUUUGGAUUCGUGGAAUACAGGAAGCCGGAGCAGGCCCAGAAAGCUCUCAAGCAGCUCCAGGGUCACAUCGUGGACGGCCACAAGCUGGAAGUGAGGAUCUCAGAACGAGCCACCAGGCCAGCCCCGACAUCCGCUCGGAAGAAACAAGUGGCCAGAAAGCAGACCACCUCCAAGAUCCUGGUGCGGAACAUCCCCUUCCAGGCUGACAGCCGUGAGAUCCGCGAGCUCUUCAGCACUUUCGGGGAGCUGAAGACGGUCCGCUUGCCAAAGAAGAUGACCGGGACGGGCACACACAGAGGGUUCGGCUUCGUUGACUUUCUCACCAAGCAGGAUGCAAAGAGAGCCUUCAACGCCUUGUGUCACAGCACCCACUUGUAUGGCCGGAGGCUGGUGCUGGAGUGGGCUGACUCCGAGGUGAGCCUGCAGGCCCUGCGGCGGAAGACGGCUGAGCACUUCCACGAGCCCCCGAAGAAAAAGCGGUCUGUGGUGUUGGAUGAGAUCCUGGAGCAGCUGGAAGACAGUGAGGACGACGGCGAGGAGCAGACCCUUCAGCUGUGAGCUGGCACCGAGGCCCUGAGACGCAGGCAAGGCUCCAUCCUGCUGGUGCGAGGGUCGGGGUACAGAGGGACCUCGGGGCUCGCUCCAGGGUGUGCAGCCACGUAGGAGCGAGGACCCUCAGGCCCCCCGCUGCCCACCAGCCUGGAAGAGUCACGGGAUGAAGGCAGCUCUCUGGAGUUGGGCCGUCUGGACGCGAAGCCGCGCUCCCCCCAGCAGGUUGGGGACCCCAGCCAAGGCAGCUCACCUCCCUGGGCCCAGCCUCCUCCUCACUAACUGCUUCCCACCUCACAGGGCUUCGACCAGAAAGAAGUGUAAUAAACGUGGGGCACAGUGCUGAGCUUGUAA